AUGGUCAAUCAACAUCGCACCAGCGAAACACCCCUCCUAUCCUCGGGCGACGAAUUCCCCGAGCUGCAGCCCGAACUGGAAAACGUCCUCCGGAACGCGGUUCGCGCGUUGGGCGGCAGUGCUGCGGUGGUGGCCACCUGGGACGACGCCUCUCAUAAGUUCGUGGUCACCGGUUCUUAUGGCCUGGGCGCCGGCGAGAUCCUGCGUAUCAGCCCAUUGCUGAACGAGGCCAUACCCGACCUGGCGCUCAGCCGGGAACAAUUCGCUUUGCUUUCAGCCCUGUUCAGGCAAUCUGCCCUGCCCGUUUCGACCACCGGCCAGAUGCAAAACCCCGUCAUGGCGGUUCCGUUGCGCACUGGCGGCGAAACCGUCGGGCUGAUAGUAGUUCUGCGAUCAUCCGAAGCCGCCAAUUUCUCGCGACUCGACCCGCCCGUCCUCGCGGCCUUCGCCGAGCAGGCCGCCAUCGCCGUACAGUCGGCGCGCCUGGCCCACCUGUUGGCACAGGAAAAACGGCGCGUCGAAUCGAUUUUGGAGGGCAGCGCUGACGGGAUUUACACUGUUGACUCUGCACGUCGUAUCGUCAGCGUGAACCCUGCCAUGGAACGGUUGUUGGGGCGGUCGCGCGAAGACCUGAUCGGUUUACCGUGUGCAGUUGCGCUCAAUUGGCGCGAUCGAGAAGGCCGACCAGUAUGCCCGGGUCAAUGCCCAAUGUUGCACUCUCCCGUUCCUGAAGCGGAACACGUGACCGAGUUGGCCGCUGGCGUUCGCUCCCGCAACGGGCAACAUACCGACGUGGCGUUUGGUCUAUUCGGUGGUCCGUUCGCCCGAGAUGCUGCCGUUGAAUGCCGUCGUCAACGUCCGCGACAUGACCCGAAUGCGUGA